AUGAGUAUGAAACUACAUAUAUGGUGGGACUGGGAAAAUGAUGAACCUAGUAUUAUAUCACCAGAAAGCGUGGCAUUAUACCGUUAUAUACAACGGUAUUAUAAUUCUGAACAAGCUUCAUUAUCAUUGGAACUAAUAGGAUCUAAUAACAUGAAUAUAUCCCCUAACAAACAAUUGCCUGUAUUAUUUGUGUAUAAUAACGACGCAGAUGAUAAUAAAAAUAAGUCACCAGUAAGUAUAUUGGGGUACUGUAAUAUUAUACAAUACAUGACUGCUAGUAAGACUAACAAGAACUUUCUUAAUACUAGGAGUUUAUCAUUAUUAGAUAAAUCUAUUUUAAAUUACAUGGUCCAACAUCUAAAUGUUUUAACUGAAUAUCAAAUGUUUCUAAAUAAUGAGAACUUUGAUAACUUUACAAAAAAAAAAAUUUCCAACUUAUUUAAUUGGCCUUUUAAUUGGGUAAACUAUGCCUUAGAAAUGAAACACAUAAUUGAAGAAAAGUUUAAUAAUAACGGGAAAAUUGGCUUUAUCCGUGGUAGCCCAGAGGACGAAAAGGAUUAUGCUGGCUUUGAUGAGGAUAUGACUUCGUACUUAUUCAAGACUAAAAACAAAGAGCAGGACAGCAGUUUAGAUGUUUUGAAAUAUAGUUCCCAGUAUAAAACACAGUUAUGUGAAUUUCUGGAUCUUUACAACGAGUUUAUUCAAAAAAAUGGGGAGACACUGCAUCCAAGCAUUGACAUUUUAUAUAAAGUGAAUAUGAGUAUUCAAUUCCAUGGAUUGCCAAAUUCAAAAGAACUCCGUUGCAAAAUAUAUCCCGAUGCUCAAAAAGAUAACGAUAAUUACAAUUUUCCAUUGGAUAACGACGAAACUAGAAAAUACAUGGUAGUUCGACCAGAACUAAAGGAAAGUAACUAUAACAUUCUUUUAACGUUUUUAUAA